ACAUCUCGUGCGAGAACACCGCGCUGUGACCUGUGUUUUCUGUGCGCUCGCUCAUCUAUUCAGAUGAUGUCCUGCAAGGACAGCGUUUGGCUCUUGUCUCAGACCUUCCCCGAGGUGAUUGGACGAGUGACGAGCACUCAGUAUGUGACCUCUACAGUGAGCUUCCUGCCGCUGCGAAUCUAAACGUGUAUGUUGCUUCGUAUAUACAAGAUCCAGUGUCAGAGUUCUGCAGCCCCUCUGGAACAGGCCGACUUCUUGAAAGGUGCUCCUCAUCGAAAGCACCCCGGUGUAACAAACCUCAAAACAGUGCGCCUACCGGAGCAACUGCAGGUAGCAGCACAAUCCGUCUUACAAAGGGCAGAUGUAAAAAGUCUGACUGAAAGGGCACAUAAGCUGUCCAACUUCCUUUGGAGCCGGAAGCGAGCAACAGAAACCUCUCAACUCAGGGAGAAAGCCAUGCUUCUUGAGAGGUCCCUUUUGGAGCAAGAGGGGGAUAUCCAUAAAGAUGGCAAUGACCACAAACUAGAGGCUCGAAUAAAAAACAGAGUAUUAUCUGAACUGAGAAGAACAACAUACCACAGGACUCCCCUAAGGUAUAAUGAAGAUCUUGGGUUGGUGUAUAUGGCUGCUAGACUAGCAGGUGGCUAUGCUGCUGUCCUCAGAGCAUUAAAUGAGAUUAAGAAGAGAGAGCCUUUAUUUGUACCACAUUCUCUAAUGGACUUUGGAUCAGGACUCGGAACAGGUACAUGGGCAUCACACGCACUCUGGGGAGACUCUCUGAAGGAGUAUGUUUGUGUAGACAGCUCUGGAGACAUGAACACCUUGGCAGAACAACUUCUUAGAGGGGGCAGUGAGAUGGAUCACUCAGCAAUCCAGCAAGUAUAUUUCCGCCAGUUCCUCCCUGUUUCUCCUAAGGUGCAGUUUGAUCUUGUGGUAGCCGCUUUCUCUUUGUCAGAACUGGCCAAUCUCGAUGAGCGACUGAAUGUUAUUUUCACACUUUGGAGAAAAACCAACUCCUACCUUGUAUUGGUGGAGAAUGGAACCAAGGAUGGCCAUCAAAUCUUAAUGGAGGCCAGAGACGCUAUACUUAAUAGAGAAGAGGAGGUACAGCAUGACUUGAGGAGACCAUCUAUAUUUGCUCCUUGCACUCAUGAGCUGCCUUGUCCCAAGAUGAUCAAGCGACCUGUAGUACCUUGUAACUUCACUCAGUUCUACUAUUCUUUGCCCUUAUCUCGGAGCCAAGAGAGGCAGCAGGAGAAGUUCAGUUUCCUGAUUAUAUCCAGGUCCGAUGGACAGAAGGCUCAGGAGACUGAGCAGUGGGACAUGGCCAGACUGAUCGCACAAGUCCGUCGCCGACCCAGACAUGUUCAGUGUCAGCUGUGCUGCGCCAAUGGAGAACUCAAACAACUCGCUGUUACAGCCCGUCAUCAUGGAAAGGACAUGUACAGAUGUGCUCGUAACAGUGACUGGGGAGAUCUGCUGCCAAUAUUUCAUGCAGAAGAUUCCACUGAAAAUGAUGAGACUCAAUGAGGCUACUACAAUAAUCUGUUAAUGCAGUGUUUGUGGAUUACAGUCUGAUUUUUGUAAUGUUUCUUUCCAAAUACACUAGUUGAUCAAUGCAACCUAAUUGUGAUUUGCUAAUGCAAUGAACCCAUGCUCACUAUUCACCAGUAUCAAAGCCCAAAAUCCAAAUUGAAGUCAGCAUAAUUGAAGCUGCGAUAGUUCUUCCCUACUGUGACAUAUUGAAGUGAACAAACAGCUUCUGACCAAGAAGGGUGGGACUUGGUUUUGUCCAUUGGUAAUUGAUUGGAAGGUUGUGUUUGCUAAUGCGGUGAUGAUCUCAUGACAGGUUGUCCCACCCUUUCACCAGUAAAACACAUCAUCAGAGAAAAGAAGAGACAUUGUUGCAAUAGGGAAGGAAAGUCAUUUUGAUUAAAAAUUAUGAGGGCACAUAAAAAAAAUAAA